AUGGAUCUGCCAAGAGAUCAUGGACAGCAGAUUGAGGCCUUGGCAACUGCAAUCAAUUGGGUUGGAUUGUGGAGACAGGCAGACGUGGAGACACCACUUCGCAGUGACGCGUUAGCCUGGACAAGUGACGAAGUUCGCCGUUACGCAGCAAGCGGAGGCACAGAACUGCCACCGCACCAGGUGGACCAUGAGGACUCGCCCUGCCCAUUUACUGGUGCUGGUGCAUGCUGGAAGUCAGAUGUGCCAACGCCGUGGUGGGUUGAAGCUCAGUCACACACUGACGGCCCUGCUGACGACGAGUCAAUUCCUCGUAAGCUUGAAGGGUGGUGGCGAGUUAUUGCUUUCCAUCGAGAUGCUGAAGCGGAGGUGGGUCAGGACUUGGAGGCGGGUGAACUUUGCUUCUUGGAGAAGCUGUGGACAGACCGUGUCCGCAUCUUCAAGGCUGGGCAGAAAGGCCCUAUGGGAGAGAUUCCGCUCUCUCGGGUCUGCGACCUCCAGCUCAUGAAGGCAGCUGGUGCUUCAGCAGGAUCCAGGUGGGAUCUCCUUCGUGACGUUGGAGAGGGCGGUGAUGAUCCGGAUGACAUCCAGGUGGGUCAGAAGAGGCUUCUACUCGGCGGCGAGUACGGCUCCCUGAAGCUGAAGGGCCUUGAGUGCGAAGUCUUAAACUAUGUGGAGUGGCUGGACAGGUGGACUGUUGAAAUCCCUGUAAAAGAUCAGAAGGGCAAGAACCUUGUCAUUGCCGUCAUUCCUGCACAGCUUCGUCACCCCAAGCUGCCCCGAGACCCCAAAAGCAACGCCAAGGUCAACUUGGGCCUGGCUUUGCGAUCACGGGCGCUGGAGCUUUCUUGGCAGGAGGAAAGCGACACAAAAGCCGGUGGAACACAAAGCAGCGCAAAGUUCCGUCUACAGCUGCGUUACGUCAGUCGCGUCCGACCGGGCGGUCGAAUCUGGACCUCGGGAAGGGACUCCAUGUACCGGUAUCUCGAGGUUCGCUAUGUGGCUUCUGGGGACUACGGCCUGGUCUUCAGGGUCCUGCGAAUGGUCGACCCAUCAAAGGCCACCCAUGAGGAAGAUCCGCACCUUGUGCUGGAUGUGCCCCGUGGAUCCGACCGGACAACCGUCUCCAAGGCCUACAGGAGGCUGGCAAGGCGCUGGCAUCCCGACAAGGUCAAGGAGGAAGAGCACGACCAGGCAGUCCUGGAGUUCAGACGAAUCCACCAAGCCUACGAAAAUCUCAUAGCGGAUCCAGAACGCAGUUCCGACUUGAUGAUCCUGAAGAUGCAGCAUCCCGUUCCCGCAAAGAAGAAGCGGAUAACUGUUCCAAUGGCCUUUCAGACGGAGGCAAAGUGUCUCAGUUUAGUCUCCCAGCUGCGGCUCUCAAACGUUCAGAAGCUCGUGGAGGUGGGUCCUGCAAAUGAGUUCAUUGUGAGCUGGCCAUAUGUCCCCGAAGCGCUGAUUCCCAACAACCAGUGUGAUGGCGUGAGCCAGGUGGACCGCGUCGACCUUGUCAGGCAAGGAUGGUCUGACUACUCGAGAUCUCGCCACUGCGCACAAAAAAUAAUUCAAAUGAUGGUUUCGCUGAUCAGGCACGAUGUCAUGAUCGUGGACCCAAUGCAAAACAUUAUCAUUGACCGUGAAAGUGGUGAGCCGCUCAUGAUUGAUUUUGGUCGAGGCGAAACUGCGGGCUCCAUAUACACCACGCGCAUCAAGACUUUCAUGAAGAAGGUGCUGCAGCUGCUGGCAAGAAGUAUUUCCAAAGCCAGCUAUGAUGUGGCCGCGCGCUACAUCAGAAGUCUUGAAGACACCCUCUUCCAAUGCCUGGAGCGCUGGCAGGAUGAACGUACUCGUGAUCAGAAGAAGGCCUUGGCGCUGGCGACUUCGACGAUGAAGUGGCAAGAGGGCAUCGAGUGUUGCCGCGAGAUCUGGCACAGUGAUGAUGAAAACCCCUUUCGAAAGAUGUUCAAGGAUCAGAAGGACGUUCUGCCUGGAGACCGUGUCCUCCGUGAGGCAUGUCCAGUUGAUGCAGAUUCAGAGCCAGACAGCGAAACGGAGCAGCAGGAGACACGUGACGAUGAUCCAGAAGGGCUCUGCGAUGCUGAUAUCAACACGCUUACGCCAGUGCAAAGGCUCUUGCGUGCCAAGCGUAAGAAGAAUCGAAGGAUAAAACAGCCGGAGAAGCCGAAUGUCAGAAUUCACUUAAAAGAGACACUGGCGGAUGGAACUUUGGGACUAGGGCUUGAUGACGCUGAUGAAGAUCUCGGGGGCUUGAUUGUUGUCUCCGUAGAGCGGCAAAGCGAAAAGUGGGGCUGGCAGCCAGGCGACCGUAUUGUCGAGUUGAAUGGAAUCCGUAUCGACGAAUGGGAUGACUUCAAGUCGGCCUGGGCAACGGCCAAACAGUUCAGCACCACAGGAGUGGUCUUCGGAGUAGUGCGUGAAGGCCUGCCGGCCCCCGAUGAGCCGGCAGAAGCAAGGUGCUGGCACUGCAAUGUGAAAGGGAAUCACUUGCUUCGCUGCUCGAAUUGGGCCUGGUCGAGCAAUCAGGAUGUUUUCUUCUGUGGAAGAGACUGCCAAAAGCAAGCCUGGCUAGAUGCGAAGCGCAAGGCAUGA